AUGGAUGCAGCACUUGGCUCGGUGCUCCCCUUAUCGCGACGGCAACAGGUAGUGCCGCGUCCAGCAAAACGGAAGCACAGCGACGGCACUGCGGGGCGCGUGCGACAGGGUGGCACCGACCCUCGCUGCCCAGCGAGUGAGUCAGCAUCGGAGAAGUCGCCGCCGCCCCCACCGCUGCCGCCACCGCUGCUGACACUGCGGCCGCCGAAGCAGCAACAGCCAAAGCAGCAGCAGCAGCAGCAGCAGCAGCAGCAGCAGCAGCAGCAGCAGCAGCAGCAGCAGCAGCAGCAGCAGCAGCAGCAGCAGCAGCAGCAGCAGCAGCAGAGUAAGAAGAAGCAAAAGCAAAAGCAGCAGCAGAAGCAGCAGCAAAAGCACAAGAAGAAGCAGAAGCAGCAAGCUGCCGUGGCCGGGCAUGGCUAUUGCGGCAUAUCCAGGGACGCAUGCCGGAUACCGCCCGACGCCCCAGCAGCGGCGCCUGUCCAUGAUGCCCCGCGGCGCGCCGGCUGCGGCGGCUCCUUGGGCGGCGCGCAGCGGGGCGACACGCAUGAGCGCAAGCGUAGGCGAGGGCUGCUGCGGUUUGCGUGCAGAAGCAACAGCGACCCCAGCCCUUCACCAGGCGAGGCGACUCCUGAUGACUAUAUGGACGAGGAGGAGGAGGAGGAGGAGGAUGUGGACUAUGCACGCCUGGACUCAGCUCGCGCAGCAAAGCGGCGCAGGCCGACAGGCGCGCACAGUCUGGGCGUCCCCGACCGCGGCGACGGGUCGGGCCGGCGGCAGCGAGGAAGCGCCAUCAAGUCAGGGCCGCGUGUCGGUGGCGGCGUCAGCGCGGGUGUCUUUGGUGGUGGCAGUAUCGCCAGCCGCGGCAAUGCAGCAGAUGGGCCAGUUGACGUUCUGCUAGUGCAGCACCAGCACCAGCACCAGCACCAGCACCAGCACCAGCACCAGCACCAGCACCAGCGGCGGCAGCAGCAGCAGCAGCAGCAGCAGCAGCAGCAGCAGCGGCGGCACCAGCAGCAGCGGCGGCAGCAGCAGCAGCAGCAGCAGCAGCAGCAGCAGCAGCAGCAGCAGCAGCAGCAGCAGGAGGAGCCGGGGCCCUGGUUUUCUUUGAGGUCAUCAAGCAACCCGCCCCUCAGGAUUCCCGAUUCGUUCGGCACCAAAAGCUGCCUCAACCUUCCAAUGCACGCCGUCAGGAACCUCGCGCCGCCCGCACCCGCCGCCGCGCCUGCCGCCCCCGAGCAGCCGCCUGCCGUUCGCGCCCUCCGGCUGGUGGCGGCGCCCGGUGACGCUGCGGCGGCGGGCGCGCUCGCCUCCCUCUGCCGGACCCUAGGCGGGCCGAUGGAGCAAGGGUGUUCAGCGGUGGUGCACAAGAACAAGGCGGGCUGGGAGUGCAAAGUCAAGCUCGGUGUCGGCACGUGCCUCGCCAGGGCGCACAUUGCCCUGCGGGACCAGGGGUACGGCCGGGAUGCGGUCCGCUGGGGCCGCGGCGGCGCGGCGGGCGGGCUGCUGGAAUUUGCCAUCGCGAGCGGCGGGCCUGAGGACAGCCCGGCGGCGCGGGCGGGCGCCAUGGCGGCGCCCGGAGCCGCGGCCGCCGCGGCCGCGCCGGCAGCGGGGCGCGGCCGCACGUCGUCUUGUGGCGGCGGUGCAGCCAGGGGUAUGGGUCGGUUGGCACCGGCCGCGGCCGCGCUGCAGAAGGGCCAAGUCCGGCGCCACGUGCCGGCGCCGGCGCCUGCAAGGCCGUCUCCGCCGCCGCCGCCACCAAUGCAGCAGCCGCAGCAGCAGCAGCAGCAGCAGCAGCAGCAGCAGCAGCAGCAGCAGCAGCAGCAGCAGCAGCAGCAGCAGCAGCAGCAGCAGCAGCAGCAGCAGCAGCGACAGCAGCGACACAAGCAGCCGCAGCAGCACAAGCAGCAGCAGCUGCAGCAGCAGCAGCAGCAGGAGCAGCAGCAACACAAGCAGCCGCAGCAGCAGCCGCAGCAGCAGCAGCAGCAGCAGCAGCAGCAGCAGCAGCACAAGCAGCAGCAGCCCAAGCAGCAGCUUCACAAGGGCAAGCACAAGGACAAGCAGAGGGAGAAGCAGAAGAGGAAAUGGAAGGACAAGGGAAAGGACCAGCAGAAGGCGAAGAAGCGUCAGGGGGAUCUGUCUCACUUAGAUGAAGGGGGGCCAGCUAAGAUGAGGCGGGUGCACGCCCCGCCUGGCAGCCAGCCGGCCACGGCUAUCGGCGGUGCGACCGAGGGGGGCCGCAGCACCGGCGGCUGUGCAGGUGGCGCUGGAGCGGAAGACUUGCCAGGCCAAGUAGGGCGUGCUGGCACCACAUGCAAGAGCGGGAUUGGCUUGGGUGGGCCGCAGCUGGACCGGCGCGUGCUACCACAGCAGCAGCAGCAGCAGCAGCAGCAGCAGCAGCAGCAGCAGCAGCAGCAGCAGCAGCAGCAGCAGCAGCAGCAGCAGCAGCGGCAGGCGCAGGAGCGGCCGCAGGCAAGCGCUCCGCAGCAGCGCUUCUGCGCCCCUGUCACGCUGCGCCGGGGCGACCGUUCCACUGCCAGCGCACCGCCACCGGCCCGCGGCGCCCGCUCUGGCGUCCAAUUUAGCAAUGCCGACGCCGCUGAUGAGGGCGCGGACGUCAGCGCCGGCGGCAGCCACGCCCGCGCUGCGCAUGUGGAGCGGGUGGCGGUGGCGCAGGGGCCGCGGUUGGCGCCCGCAGUGGCUUCGCAAGCAGCGCCUGCGAGGCCGUCCACGCUGCCACCACCACCGAUGCAGCAGCAGCAGCAGCAGCAGCAGCAGCAGCAGCAGCAGCAGCAGCAGCAGCAGCAGCAGCAGCAGCAGCAGCAGCAGCAGCAGGAGCAGCAGCAUAAGCACAAGCUGAAGCAUAAGCUGAAACACGAGCUCGAGCACAAGCAAGAGCAGAAGAGAAAGCAGAAGGGGAAGGAGGAGGAGCGGGAGCGGGAGCGGGAGCGGGAGCGGGAGCGGGAGCGGGAGCAGGGGGACGCGCAGGAUGAGGAGUGGGAUGAGGAGGACGAGGAGGAGAAGGACACGCAGAAUGAGGAGAAGCGCGAUCGGGAUAUGUCCGACAUGGUUAAAGAGCCUGCUGCGCCUGCCAAGCACCACAACGGGCCUGGCUGGGGCCAGCAGGCGUGA